AUGUCUGGCAUCGCUUUUAUGAACAGUACAAACAGUAAUUGUUUCUUACCUGACCCAUUAGAUAACGAUGUUACCAACAUGAUCAACAAAUUUACCCGCGCCAUUGCAUACGAUACUGAGGACAUGCUUCUUUUCCCAACGAAAAUUGUUGUUGGGAUCUUUUUCAACAACUGCAACUAUCAAGCACCGGAACAGUUAAAAAAUAUGGAGAACGACUUUAAAAUCAAGUAUGUGGUCCCAUUUAUUAAUGCUGCUUUUGAUGUGGACGAUAAGUUGGUCGUUUAUUGGGAUAAGCCUUUAAAUAUCUGUUCAAAUUCGAGCAUGAAAUUGCAAAGAAGACAGACAACUGAUGCUAAUUUCACCACAAUCGAUGGCAUGGAGAUAGGCAUAAUUGAGAUCAAGCCAUUCCACACACCCUUUGAAAUGCUGGAAGAAGAUCGAGUCCGACUUGCGGAGAUCAGCAAAAGAUGCUUCAUAAAGGGAUUUUCGCUGCAAAGAGUUUAUCUUAUAUUGACUCUUCUACAAAUAGGUUUUCAUAUGGAAUACUUUUUUCAUGAGUAUAAUCCUGAUGAUACGACAGCGACAAGCCAAGGCGAAGUUGAUAAUGGGGUGAAGAAGUAUACGUUUCGGCUAUUAAAACAUUCUAUACUUCCCACUUUCCCAAAAACCUUCAGCCGCAUGUCAUUGUCUUUAGAAUCAUGGUUUCAUUUUAAAAAAAUGAUGGAUACAAGUAUUGCUGAUGUUGCUGAUGUCGAAAAGCCAUAUGUAUACAGUGAUGCCAACAAAAGGUUUGAACCUACUGUCACCUUGCUGAAACUUGGUGACGGGUAG